AGCAGCAUUUGCCUGGGGUCCAGCCAACCUGGGGUUAGUUUUUAUGCGGGAGUAAGUUUUCUGGAGAGCAAGAUUCGGGUCCAGUAGAACUUCCAGGAUAUGAGUUUUCCGGAGCCAGUGCUUUAGAUUGUCGCUUGGUCAGGGGGUGGUGAUUCUCCCGUUCUCCGGCUGUUGGGGGCCGGGCGGGCAGGAGGGAGGGAAGAAAUCGAGCAAGCCUGCGGGGGAAACGCGGAGAGGCAAUGCUACGUCUGUGCAGAGCUGCCGUUUGUCUUCGGACGCUCUCGGCCGCAUGUCUUGGGACGUCUGGCAAGUUGCCCAGAAGACUCAUGUCCACAGAGAGGAAAAAACAGAUCCUGUUAAAAGUUCACGGAGAGGCAAAUUGCGGUAUUGCAGAAAUUCAGAUGAACAGACCACAUGCCAAAAAUUCACUGGGUAAAGUGUUUGUGGAUGAAAUGUAUGAAACCCUUGACAUUCUCCGUUAUGAUGAAAGUGUUCGUGUAGUGAUAAUCAAGAGCAAUGUAAAAGGUGUUUUUUGUGCGGGUGCUGACUUAAAAGAGCGUGCUCAGAUGACGGAUUCUGAAGUUGAUCAUUUUGUUCAGAGGCUCAGAAGCUUAAUGGAUGGCAUUGCCUCACUGCCAAUGCCAACCAUUGCUGCAGUUGAAGGCUAUGCAUUGGGCGGAGGCUUGGAACUGGCACUAGCUUGUGAUCUCCGAGUGGCAGCAUCAUCUGCAAAAAUGGGUCUCAUUGAAACAACCAGAGGACUUUUCCCAGGUGCAGGUGGAUCACAACGUCUGCCACGGUGUAUUGGAACAGGCCGUGCUAAAGAACUCAUCUUCACCGGCAGACAGAUUGAUGGACAAGAAGCGUAUUCAUUUGGGCUAGUUAAUCAUGCAGUACCUCAGAAUGACGAGGGUGACGCAGCUUAUCAAAGAGCAGUAGCUUUAGCUGAAGAGAUUGUUCCUCAGGCUCCAAUAGCAGUGAAAAUGAGUAAAGUGGCUAUAAACAGAGGAACUGAGGUUGAUAUUGCUUCUGGGAUGGCUAUUGAAAGAAUGUGUUACUCCUUGAAUAUCCCUACGAAAGACCGGCGGGAAGGGAUGGCAGCUUUCAUAGAGAAACGACCACCAAAAUUCAUUGGCAAGUGACAUUCAAGAUGCCCGAAGCAUCUCCAAAAUGUGACUGGAAGACUGAAACAAAGCUCUAUUUUUAUAAUUUUUUUACACAGAUUUAUGUACUCAGUCACCGCUUGAUUCACAUGGAUAUCACUUUUAAGAACAGAGACUUCAGUGAUAAAAGUAGGAUCUGAAUGUUAGGAUGGGGGGAACUUAGUUGAUUUGGCUGAAGACGAGGUAUGUAACCUAAUGGUUUUAUAAGGUGUAAACACCAAGCUAGACAAGAGGUCAAGCUGAUGCUUCUGGUGUCAGACACUGCCCUGUGCAAGACAUGGUGGACUCUUCUAACUCUGGGAGGGGGUUGAAAGAGUUUGAAAACUAUUUUGUAUGUUUGUUGCAAUAUGUUUAUUAACCAUAGGUCAAGCAGAUAAUUGACAUCAUUAGAUAUCCUUAAGUCUACUACAAGCAUGCCUAUAUGAAUUUUUUUACUGUAAGAGAGGCCAUCUUCAGUAACUUACCUCUCCAUGUGUGCAAGAAUUUCAAGUUUGCCCCGCACUGAAAAUGUAGAAACAGAAGAAUCAGCUUUUGUCUCCUUAGGAAUGUAAUAUGGAAGGGAAGGGUCUAUAACAGCUGCGCCUCAGACCUUGUAUAUAGGUCUGUAGCAUUCUCCAAGACAGCAGAAGGCAGUUGCUGGGAUCUUAGGCAGGUUAAAGCCCUCCUGUUUUGAAAGAACUCUAUAGACUGAAGCGAGUAUCUAUAAUUAUGAUCAAAUUUAUAAUAUGAUCUAUCAAGAAGUGGUAUUUAUCUUUGGCAACACAGAUCUUGUAGUAUGAAGGCAUCCUCAAUGUUGCCUCAAACCUUAUUUUGGCAGUUGUUGCCUCGAACGUUAUUUUGGCAGAAGUAGAGAAAUAUGCUGAAAGAUAACUAGAACACUGAUCAAGGAAACUGCAGCCAGAAUGUUUUCUUUUUAGUAUCUCUAUAGCUGAAAUACAUUUUGGACACACUACUCAGCUUCUAGUUCAGUAGCCUGAAUAUGUCCUCUCCAAACAGUAGUAAAAACGAAACUUAUAUUUAUCAAUAAAUAGAUUUCAUACCCAAACCAACCUUGUUUUAUUGUAAUACAUAGAUGUUCAGAGGCACUUCAGACCCUCUUGUACCUAGAAAAAUAGGAUGCAAUUGGUGUGCGUGACUGACAGCUUCCUUUUAGGAAAACUCUUAUCAUAGUUAAGGACUUUGUUGAAAUUUUUCACAGCUAUUAUUCAUGUUCAAAUAUAUCUACAGCCAUAUGAAAAUUUGUUACAUUUCCCAUAGAAUAUGUGCUUAUUCAUGUUACAGUAAAAUUCACCUGCAACAGUCAUUAAGGCCUCAUUGGGAAGCUCAAAUUUUCUUUCAAAAAUGUUGAGGGUAGAAAUCUGUAGAAAUGCAACAAUUACUGAUGGGCAAACAUUUAUAGGAGAUCUCCAGGUGUUCAGAAAUUUCUAUAUCCAUUAUCUCCAGGGGUAGCGAUUUCUUUUUAAAUCCUAGACUACACAUCAGUAUUGUACUAAUUUGGCCUACACUCUGUUCAUGUCCAAGAGACUACAAUGGUGAUAGAAGACUAGCAAAAGAAACAAUACAGGAGUCUUGAGUUUCCUAAGAACAAAGCACUCCAAAGCUUAGUUAAUGGAAAGAGAGGUAGAUGAAGAACAAAAGUUUUACCAUGGCACAUCUUGUGGGAAUGCAGCCUCUAAAGGGACAGAGAGGUUGAAAGUUCUGUACCCAUCAAGAGAAAGGGAAAGUAGCAGCAUUGCCAAACUGAGACUUGGGAUAACCAAGCAGUUUUUUGAUCUCCUGUGAUCCAAUGGACUAGGACUGGCAAGUCCAUUCCUUCACAAACAUGUAUAAUAACUGCAGAAUUUCAACAAAACCCAUGACGGGCAAUUCUCAUGUAUCAAGUUUGGCUGAUUUAGCAAGGUUUGAACGUUUCACAACAGGCAGGAAAUAUAUUCCUGCCUUCACGUUCACAAACAACUGAAUAAGGCCAAGUAUCUACCAGUGUAGAUAUAAAGGCAUCCCUUAUAACGAAAGAGUUUGCUCUUGUUCUUACAAUGAACCUUAUUCGGUCCAGCAUAUCCUUCUUUGUUGUCCUCAUUAUUCUUCUAUGGACUUGAUCAGUCCUUUUCUGAUUGCUUCAAAAUCCAUGAUUGAUAAUGAAAUGUUUCUUUUGCUGUCUGAUAAGUACCUUGAAAUUACUGCCUCUGUUGCUGAAUUUCUUUCAUAUAUAUGCAAGACUAGGGCAGGAACUUUUAAAAUUUAGAUUUUACUGUAUAUUUUUCAUAUUGUAUUGCCUAUAUUACUGUGGUUCUUGGCCAGUUUUGAUUUUUUUAUUACCCUUAGGUAUUAAUCUUGUACUUGUCUUGUCUUUUCUUCUUUUAUAUGCAAAUAAAAGGUUAUGAUGA